UUGCAUGUGCCCGUUACAUAACGGUACAAGGGGCUCUCGUCAGCACAAGAGGCUCACAAUCCAUACCGUUGUGUAGCACCAAUGGUCUAUCACAUGGGCCGAUACUCCAGUCAGUCUCACUAGGACGAGCGAACGGUCGGAUGAAUUAUUGACGGAUUUCACUACGCUUGGAGAUGAACGCUGACCGACUGUUUCACUAGAUCAAGUGGUCAUUGUCGGACUGUAUGGUCAUUUGGCGGAAGAUCUCUUUUAUUCAGUCUCUACUCGUGUGAGUGCAUCGGUUCUGUGAUGUGUCAUGAUCUGACAGAAUGACUACGAGUGUGAAUAUAGUUUGGAUAUACUAGCGGCAAGUUCGCCGCUAUGUGGAUACAAACAGAGGUAGCGCCGCCACGCAAGCACUAGGUAUGGAUGACGACCAUCAGAUCCUGAUACCCCGUGAAACCCCACAAGAAGAUACCAUUUACCUUACAGGGGAUUAUCAGUCGGAGAACGGAUACCAGUUGUAUCGGGAAGACGCAUCACUUGCGGAGGAGUCGCUUGUGGACAGUUGUGUGGACUUUGAAGACGAUGACCAGUGUGCUGCUCCACCCCUCAGUGACCUGUACCGCUACCAUGUGUUCUUCUCGCACUGCCCAGCGGACGUGGAGUGGGUUGAGGAGACUGUCAACCAACUCCAGACUCCACCGUACACAUACAAGACGUACUACCUGUGUGAAAAGUUCAAUAGGCGAUUGAGUAUCAGUCAGAAUCUGUUGUGUGCUGUGAUGUUGAGUGAACGUGUGGUGCUGGUGCUGUCGAAAAAAUACGUUGAAGAAACCUGGCCGGAAUUUCAAGAGAUUCUGAAAAAUCUCACAGCUACCAGUUUACACAAACAGCGUAUGUUGAUUGUUAAGUUAGAAGAUUGUGAAAUUCCAGAAAUUUUGGAUGUGUGUGGUUUUUUGGAUGCAACGGAUCCUGGAUUCUUUCAGUUCUUUACAAGGCGUUUAAAAAGUGGGCGUCUCCCCCGCAGCAGUGAAUCAAUCAGCAGUGACAUUGCAGCGGUCCUCAACCCCAGGGCAAAUCUGGUCAAUGGUCAGGUGUUGGCGUCGGUCCAGUUUGAGAUCCGGGGCUAUCUGCAGGCUCAUCUCAUGAUUGAUGAAAAGGAUGAAGAUAUCCCUGCCCCGCUCCGAUGUCAUGGUAUAAAUCUGGACCAGAGCGAGUAUUGGGACAUGCUCCAGAGCAUCAGCCAGGUGAACCAGGGAUCGACGCAGGCCCCGUGGGUGUUCACACUGCAGCCAGCCAUCGUCCUCCUCUCUGCCUUCGGAGUGUGGACUCUCGCCUUCAUCCUCGUCAUCGUCGUCUUUGUUGACACUAACAGGGCCGAUAUCUUGUCCGUACGGUUGACCGUGUUCGUCUUUCCUCUGAUUCUUAUAUCGGGUGUAUAUAUUGUCCGAUGGAAAAGGAGAAAACAUAUCAAAUUGCUGUGCAAGCGCAUGUUGAGCCGGUGUCUACACAUCAACAGCACGCUGUACAUGGAUGAUCGCCCAGUCGUAGUCACCAUCACACAAGAGAGGGGUGCAAGAUUUAAUGUACAUUUCUACUAUUUCAACAUGACUGAUUGUUUUGAAGAUGUGAAUCUUCUGUUGUGUAGCUGUCUAGAUGAGGACGUAGACAAACUGUCUAAACUCAUCAAGGUCUACACUAAGGACUGUGACUACCUCAGUGAGAUGUCUCUCGCUGAGAGGCUAACUGUAAUGAUGGCGGCGCCCUAUGCUCUAAAAUUAUCUCGUAAUCUACUUCCGGUUCCGGCCCAAGAGCGCCAUAUUGAUCAACAAUUGUGUAUGUGUCAGUUCACGGAGGAGUGCAUGUCGUUAUAUAUCCACUGCCUGUCAAAGGAAAAUACCGCUGGUCUUAUCAAACUGUUUUCCCAAUAUCUCCACGCUCUGUGCACUGUGCGGGAGCUGCGAGAGAUACAAGAAAUGGCCCCAUCAUGACGAGCUGAGCAAUUCUCAUCGCUGGAUCUACGACAGCUCAUUUUCAUCAGUGUUUUGGACUGCCAUAUUCAAACACAUUAUUUUCAUUCCCGGGCUUGUUAUUUCAAUUACAAUGAGUUGGGUUUAACAUCGCCUUGAACAGUAUUACAGUUAGAUCACGGCGUAUCAGUCUAAUGUGGGAGGAAGUCCCGAAGUAAUGCAAGUCUUAGACGUUUACCUCUUUGGUGAAACCCACGAGCACGGGUAUGGUGCUGACAAACCAAGAAACAUAGAAACAUUAUCGGAUUUCUUGUGUGCCCCGUUCCAGGGAUUAGAGCAUAUUCAUCCAUUGAUACCAACGACUGUGGAAACGUCAAUUGUUAGUAUGAUUAGUACUUAGAAUAUGAUUAGUAAUAUCAUAAUAUUGUAGCUUGACACAAGUGCAGAGCUAGGCGAUAUAUGUGGUGAGUAUGUUAAGUAGGAUGAGUGAGUGAGUGAGUGAGUGAGUGAGUAUGGUUUUACGCCGCUUUUAGCAAUAUUCCAGCAAUAUCACGGCGGGGGACACCAGAAAUGGGCUUCACACAUUGUACCCAUGUCGGGAAUCGAACCCGGGUCUUCGGCGUGACGAGCGAACGCUUUAACCACCAGGCUACCCGACCGCCCCGUUAAGUAGGAUGACAACUGUGGAGUACGACUUAGAAAGGUUAGGUCGUAUUUAGGACACUUCACAUGACACAAUAGUUAGGAAAGGUCGCAUAUUAUAACGCCAUGGAAUGUUAGCUUCGUACGUUGAUGUAGUAGAGUCGGGUCGUAUAUUUGAUACGUCAUUUGGCGUCCCCUCCAGUCAUGACUGUGGGAGCAGAUUGAAUAUACGAUACGUAUUGUUGCAUCAACUUCAUAUACUGACGUAACCUUGUCAGGUCGUAUGUACGAUACGUCAGGGAGCGUCAGUUUCAUACAAAGACGUAGCAGUGUCACGUCGUAUAUACUAUACGUCUUGGAGCGUCAGCUUUAUACUUUGACGUAACAGUGUCAUGUCGUAUGUACUAUACAGCGAGCGUCAGCUUCAUACAAAGACGUAACAGUGUCACGUCGUAUAUACUAUGCGUCGAGCGUCAGCUUCAUACUUUGACGUAACAGUGUCACGUCGUAUGUACUAUACAGCGAGCGUCAGCUUCAUACAAAGACGUAACAGUGUCACGUCGUAUGUACUAUACGUCGAGCGUCAGCUUCAUACAAAGACGUAACAGUGUCACGUCGUAUAUACUAUACGUCGAGCGUCAGCUUCAUACAAAGACGUAACAGUGUCACGUCGUAUGUACUAUACAGCGAGCGUCAGCUUCAUACAAAGACGUAACAGUGUCACGUCGUAUAUACUAUACGUCGAGCGUCAGCUUCAUACUUUGACGUAAGUUUCACGUCGUAUAUACUAUACAGCGAGCGUCAGCUUCAUACUUUGACGUAACAGUGUCACGUCGUAUAUACUAUACGUCGAGCGUCAGCUUCAUACUUUGACGUAACAGUGUCACGUCGUAUAUACUAUACGUCGAGCGUCAGCUUCAUACUUUGACGUAACAGUGUCACGUCGUAUGUACUAUACAGCGAGCGUCAGCUUCAUACAAAGACGUAACAGUGUCACGUCGUAUAUACUAUACGUCUUGGGGCGUCAGCUUCAUACUUUGACGUAACAGUGUCACGUCGUAUAUACUAUACGUCUUGGGGCGUCAGCUUCAUACUUUGACGUAACAGUGUCACGUCGUAUAUACUAUACGUCGAGCGUCAGCUUCAUACUUUGACGUAACAGUGUCACGUCGUAUGUACUAUACAGCGAGCGUCAGCUUCAUACAAAGACGUAACAGAGUCAUGUCGUAUAUACUAUACGUCGAGCGUCAGCUUCAUACUUUGACGUAACAGUGUCACGUCGUAUGUACUAUACAGCGAGCGUCAGCUUCAUACAAAGACGUAACAGUGUAACGUCGUAUGUACUAUACGUCGAGCGUCAGCUUCAUACUUUGACGUAACAGUGUCACGUCGUAUAUACUAUACGUCGAGCGUCAGCUUCAUACAAAGACGUAACAGUGUCACGUCGUAUAUACUAUACGUCGAGCGUCAGCUUCAUAGAAAGACGUAACAGUGUCACGUCGUAUGUACUAUACAGCGAGCGUCAGCUUCAUACAAAGACGUAACAGUGUAACGUCGUAUGUACUAUACGUCGAGCGUCAGCUUCAUACUUUGACGUAACAGUGUCACGUCGUAUAUACUAUACGUCGAGCGUCAGUUCAUACAAAGACGUAACAGUGUCACGUCGUAUAUACUAUACGUCGAGCGUCAGCUUCAUACUUUGACGUAACAGUGUCACGUCGUACGUACUAUACAGCGAGCGUCAGCUUCAUACAAAGACGUAACAGUGUCACGUCGUAUAUACUAUACAGCGAGCGUCAGCUUUAUACAAAGACGUAACAGUGUCACGUCGUAUAUACUAUACAGCGAGCGUCAGCUUCAUACUUUGACGUAACAGUGUCACGUCGUACGUACUAUACAGCGAGCGUCAGCUUCAUACAAAGACGUAACAGUGUCACGUCGUAUAUACUAUACAGCGAGCGUCAGCUUCAUACAAAGACGUAACAGUGUCACGUCGUAUAUACUAUACAGCGAGCGUCAGCUUCAUAUAAAGACGUAACAGUUUCACAUCAUAUGUACUAUACAGCGAGCGUCAGCUUCAUACUUUGACGUAACAGUGUCACGUCGUAUGUACUAUACGACGAGCGUCAGCUUCAUACUUUGACGUAAGAGUGUCACGUCGUAUAUACUAUACGUCGAGCGUCAGCUUCAUACUUUGACGUAACAGUGUCACGUCGUAUAUACUAUACGUCUUGGGGCGUCAGCUUCAUACUUUGACGUAACAGGAUCAGAUCGGGUAUAACAUACGUUAUCGAGGACCAGCUCAUUACAUUUGCAUCUUACAAUGCUAUGUUUAUAUUUAAUGGUUAGUUUACAACCGGGGAAAAAAAAUUCACACCACUAUAUGAAGAGCUCAUAAGCGGCAGCAAAUGGGUUUGUUCUCGUCAAUCCAAACAAUCUUUACAUUUAUCCUCCGUUUCAUUUGUCAUCUAAUUAUGUUUGUUUGUGAAUAGGAAUUGGUAGCUGCACAAAAAUUGCACUGAAAUAGAGAAAGCAUGAAAACCCGAACACAGACUCGGUCGUGUUGUAUAGCUGAAGGUUUUGUAUAGACUUAAAAAAUAAUCAAAAUAAAAUUGAUAUAUUUCUGUACAGCUACACAUUUUCAUGAUUCGUUGUCAUUUCAGAAGCAUCUUUUAUACCAAAGUACACCUAGACCGAGCGAUAACGGUGUCUGUGAAAGGGAUGUGACUUUAUUACUAGCUGUGAUAUAACAACCAGAUAGUGAUCUGUCUAUAUUUUCCUAUACCAGUAUGCUACGUAUGAGAAGGUUUCUAGCAGAAAGAAGGAUGAAAGAUGUCCGAUUUUUACCUUGAUAUGUUAAAUAAUUUGUGUCCGUCUUCUUCAAGUUACUGUUUAUAUAGAAAACCAAUAAAAUGCUCAUAUUUACAAUU